CCACCCAGGAGCGAGGGAUAGCCAGCCAUUUUUCCUUCAUCUUGUAGGACAUUAUUAGGGCUUUUGUUUGGAAACGAAAAUCUUUUUCAGCGUAAAUUCUUUUUACUGUUACAACCUAACCGAGUGCCCGCUUCAAAAUUUGAAACGCAACACUUAUGGAUUCUUAAGUAAAAGCAGAGUUGACUGUUGCAAUAUCCGUAAAACGUGUUUUACUGCCAUUAUCCGAAAUGGCUUGUCUCAACAACCUUAAAUUGGAGAUACGGACCCUAGAAUCGGUUUUCACUAAAACCCACGAACGAUUUCAAGUCGUCUCUGCUAGUGUCGACGAAUUAACGUGCAGGUUUAUAGGAAAAUAUGGAAAGAAAUCUGAUAUCCAUGCCAAUAUUACAGAAACAUACCCAUCUACUCCUCCAGUUUGGUUUGCAGAUGUUGAAGAUCCUCUGAUAACUAAUGCUGUUCAAAUACUAAGCAACACAUCUGGCAGUGAAAAUCAUAUUUUAGAACAAGUUAGAAUUUUGGUUCAAGAAUUGUGUAGGCUUCAUGACCUUCCUGAGCCACCUGAUCUUGAAUUGCUGACCUUGGCUCAUGCGGUCCCAUUCUUUCACAAUAAUACUACCUCCCCAUCUACAAUGCGAGCAUUAUCAUCAUCCUCAAGCAAUGAUGGUGGAGGUUAUGCUUCAAGCUCAGGCAGGGGAUCUUCUGGUUCUGGGUCAGCGUGUUCAUCAUCUCCUGCCAGAGAAGAAGAAGUUGACAAUGUGCAACAAAAUGCUGAAGAUGAGGAUGAAGAAGAAGAGGAAAUGGAGGAAAAUGAUGAAGAUGAAGAUUUGCACAUGGAAUUGGAGGAAGAUGAAGGGACUAGUAAUGCAGCUGGUAAAAAGAAAGAUGAGGAUAUGGAUUCGCAACAUUUCGCCACAUUAGAACGAUUGCGUCAAACUCAGAGGCAAGACUAUCUUCGAGGUGCCGUAUCAGGUUCUGUACAGGCCACUGACCGCCUAAUGAAAGAACUGAGAGACAUAUAUCGUUCGGAUAGCUCCAAGAAAGGAGUAUAUAGUGUCGAGUUAGUGAACGACAGUCUCUAUGAAUGGAAUGUACGAUUGCUUUCUGUGGAUCCAGAUUCGCCUCUACACAGUGAUUUACAGUUGCUUAAAGACAAAGACGGAAGAGACCACAUCUUAUUAAAUUUACUCUUCAAGGAAUCGUUUCCCUUCGAACCGCCCUUUGUUCGUGUGGUGCACCCUGUUAUCCAAGGGGGUUACGUCCUUGUGGGUGGCGCCAUAUGCAUGGAGUUGCUGACUCGUCAGGGCUGGAGCUCAGCCUACACUAUGGAAGCCUUGAUUUUGCAGAUUGCGGCUACCCUGGUUAAAGGCAAGGCUCGCAUUCAGUUCAGCGCUACUAAAGGCCAGUACAGCCUGGCCCGCGCUCAGCAGUCCUUUAAAUCACUGGUCCAAAUCCACGAAAAGAACGGAUGGUUUACACCACCGAAAGAAGACGGAUAAUUUAACUGACUCGUUGAUCCAUUCUCUUCAUCUCCUUGUUCGGCUCCAUUUUCUUUCUUUCAUUUGCGACAACAUUUUUUCAUUUGGGGUCUAGAAAAGGAGGUGACGUUUUGUACAGCGUCGAAUUUUGAUGAGUGGAUCAUCAUGAUGCAUUUUCCCUUUUUCACCCAACUGUAUGUGUGUGAUUGCGUGCGAGUAUGUAUGUGUGUGUAAAGACGCCAUUCCUUCCAUAUUUAGCUUAGGAAUUUUGAAUCAUUCGCUCGGCGUAUUUUGUAUAAAAAAAAAGAAGAAAAAAAGGGAGUCUAGAACACUUGAACCGAUGAAAUCGAUUACGGGUUGGAGUUUAAAGGUAA